UUGGGAGAGAAGUGCAUUAUUUCCUUUCUGCUUAACAUUACCCAAAUAUAACUGUGUGUUGUUUGGGAGUGGGGAAUAGGGAAGAUUUUGAUAUCCCCUUCUGAAGAGGCAGAGAGAAUCAGGGCAGUGUAAGGAAGAUAAUGAUACAUAUUUUGUGUUUAAACCUUGCUGUGUUAGAUUUGAGGAGAUGAUUUAAUUUGCUAAUUGUUCAAAAGGUAAAAAAAAAACCUAGAAUCUGGGAUUCUGGGUUAGAAUCACCCCUAAAAGCUAGCUUGCUAUAAUGAACCAUAGAUAUGCAAAGCUAUCCAUAAACUUGUGUGUUUUGGCUUUUCCUAUGUCCAAAGAUUCCCAGAAACUCUGAAUAACUUCCAGUGUUGAAGAUUCCCUGAAAAGCUCAAGAACCAGGCAGUCCUCCUUCAAGUGUCAAUGACAGCUGAGCCUCAAGUAUAUCACUUAGGUCAUGCAUGCACUGUAUUAUGUAUUAUGUACUGUAUUAUGGGAGGUCGGUUACAGGUCUUUCAGAAUGGAAUUCUUGGCUAGGUGGUUGCCAUGACAACUGACAACAGUCUUGGGGGUGUUGUUUUGAUUGAUUCAAGGUUCAGAGAAGUUGGUUGCAAGGAAGACAUUGACUUGCUCCUCACUCUUUUGCCUAUUAGUCAUGGAUAAUAUUAGUCAUCUCCAAUCCUUACAGGCCAGUGUGAAAUGGCGUCACCUGGAAAAUGUGAAUGCUGAUUUGUGGGACACUUUCUGUAAGCUGCUGAGUAAUCAGGCUAUAAUCAUGGCCAUCAAUUCCAGCUACAUGGAUCCCUUAGAGCAAUUUGAAAUCCAACUGCAGACAAUAGAGGAAUGCUUUCGAAAUGUGUUCUCCAUGCCUAAUUUAAGCAAACUACUAGAAAGGCAAAAGAAUUCAGAUGACCAAGAGGACAUAGAGCACCUAUACAAAAGUAUUUUAUGCAUCUUUGAGGACACACUUCGGAUCUUGGUAGCUAAAGACCUUUACAAGCUACAGAUCUUACGGGAAAUGAUAAUAUGGAUGAAUGCAAAUAACCGUUACUUGCAAGAACGAGUCAUGACCAUCAUAAGCAAGGUCAUAAAGUUUUCAAGAAGAAAAAUUCAGGGAUAUAAAACAGUUGAUAUUCCAUGUAUGGGUCACCUGGCAGCAGAACUGGCUGUUUUAUGCAGCCAUAAAAAUCUCCAAAUUGUUAUCCAGGCUUCCAUCGCAAUGUAUCACCUUCUCUGCAUUAUAAAAUUCCAGAAUGUGGAUGUGCCAUCAGAUACAUCAGCAGAGGUUGAAAACUGUCUGUAUUUUGUUCCUUUUGACAAAGAAUUCACUCCUAAACUGCUUCAGAAAAAUAAUGAAGCUAUUGCUAAGUAUGUAGGUGACUACUUAAAAUCAUCCCUGUUGGAUGAUUUUGUAUUUAGUCUUCUGAAGAAACUACCCAAAUAUCCAAGUCAUACUUCAACUGAAGCAUCAGCCUUAUUGAAACUAAUUCUGGAGAUGAAAGGCGAUCAAGUGAUCCGGGUGGCUAGGAUUGUGGAUUUCAUUCAUACUCAAUUGAAUGCUAAUUUACCUAUAGAUUUGAAGCAAACAUUGCUGCAAAUAAUUGCCUUGUUGACUCGUUCAGUCCCCCAGAAAGUUGUCUUUCAACUUCUAGACUAUAUGCUUCCGGUAGACAGAUCAGUGCUGAAGAUGUGGAAAGCAGUCAGUACAGAAUCAAAAUCCUCAUGUCUUGUGCUAAAGACAAUCCUGAUUGUGUUGAAGGGGAAGCCUGGAGAAGUGGAAGAAAGCAGUAAGAUUCGAAAGCGUUUUUCCCUAGAUACUGCCAACAUGAUGCCUGUGGUAGCUGCUCAGGCUCUGUGCAUCUUACUCCCAGUCCCUGAGUACAAGAAAGCAAUAGCCCAAUUUUUCCCCCAGCUUUUAAUAGACCUAAUACUACAACUCCAUUAUAACUGUGAGCAGAACUACAAAAAAAAUGAUAACACCCAGCGCUUCCCCCAGAAUGCUUUGAGGAUCCUCCUGAGAUCUUCAGGAUUAGAAAAUGUGGAUAGUGCCCUAAACAAAAGGGAUUGCUGGAACCAAUUCUCCAGUCUCACAUUCCACCACUAUGGAGUUUACCUCAUUGCCAGAACUCUCAGUGAGUUUAACUUCCCACAGUUGCCUGAGACCUUGCAUUACCUCUACAAGCUCUCUGUGGAAGGCCCCAGGAGGAAAGAAGACAGUGUCACCACAGUUAUCUUCCUCAUUGAGCUUCUGAAUAACUUCUUUAAGGAUCCAUUCCCAGAGGAAUUUUUGGCACUUUUCAAAAUCUGGGUAAAUGACCCAAACUCUACAGUCUCUAAGUUGAGUCUCCAGAAGAUUUCCACUAUGGCACCAGUUAUUAAUCAGAUAAAAAACAUCAAGGAAUUAUUAUUAUGUAUUGUGGAUGCCUUACCCUCCAAAGACAAAACUGUUAUAAUACAGGCCAUGACUACUCUCCGAAAGCUUCUUUCUGUAUUGGAUAAAGUAACAUAUUCUAUCAUCUGUAUGCGUAUUGCUUCCAGCUACUAUUCACUCAUGGACCAUGAAACAGCAAGCAUUCGAGCUAUGGCCUUUAGACAUUUUGGUGAUUUACUAAAGGAUAUGAAACAAUAUACGUGGAUGCUGAAGCCUGCUGUUAUCAAAUGUUUGGUGCCUUUACUCCUGUUCUUGGAAGAUUCAGAGCUCAGGGUAGUUAAAGCAUGUAAAUAUACAUUGAACAUCUGUGCUCCCUAUUUUAAGUGGAAAGUUAUCCCUUUGCUCCAAGACAAUCUAUACAAUUAUGAGAUAGUUGUGCUCAACAUCUGCAACUGCCUUUACAACAAUUUUGGAAGCUUCAUUUCAGAUAUUAUUUUUACAACCUUAGGAUUUCUAAAGAGUGAUAGGGGUUUUCUAAGGAAAGCAGCAAUCAUUUUUUUAGGAUACAUGGCUAAAAUGGGGAGUAAUGUACUUGUUAAGAAUGAAAUUUGGAACAUGAUUGAUGAUGGGGAAACUGAGUCCCAGAGGGAUUUAAGGUUACAUAGAUAUUAAGAAUCUUGAAGGCAUCUGAAUCAACAGCAAAGUCUUCCAGUGCUCUCACCCCCAAAUGGUAAGAGGGGAACGGGUCAGUCAGACAACUGCUCAGAAGGUAAUUACAGGAGUCCCUUUGCUUGCUCUGCAUGCAGGACUCUUGUCAUAUUACCCAUAUGAAGAUCCAGGUCACAGUCCUGCAACUCACUCUCAGAGAAAGGAGGAACACUAACACACCAGUACUUGUGACCAUAGGAGAGAUAGACUAGUCACAGUUCCAAGGUGGAAAGGAGUGCUUAUGAUUAUUCACAGACCAAACCAGCAGAGUAUUAAACACAGCUCUCCUUACAUCAUAGCACUUUGGAAGAACUAAAAACAUAUAGAUCCCCAAAGCUAGCUCUGAAGACAGCUGCACGAAGAACCUUAAAAUAGUGCUCCUUUCAUUGCCAUUAUAGUCCCUACACCAACAGUUUUUUUUAACUAAAAGAAAAGCAAAAGGCUGGAAAAUGAGCAAGCAAUAAUAACAAAAAGAAAAUAUAGAAAGUUAUUUUGGUGACAGGGAAGACCAAAAUACAAACUCAGAAGAAAACAACAAAGUCAAUAUUACUGCAUCCAAAGCCUCCAAAAAAAUAUAAAUUGCUCUCAAGCCCAAAGAGAAUUAAUGGAUGAGCUAAAAAAGAAUUAUAAAAAUAAAAUAAAAGCAAUGGGAAAGAAAUUUAAAAAAGAAAUGAGAUUGAUACAGAAAAAUCAUGAUAAAAGAGUCAAUAGAUUGUUAAAGUAGGCACAAAAAUACUAAAGAAAAUAAUACCUUAAAAAACAGAAUAGGUUAAUUGGUAAAAGAGACACAAAAAAUCCAUUGAAAAUAAGAACUUUUUAAAAAGUAGAAUUGACCGAAUGGAAAAAGAUAUAUAAAAAUUCACUGAAGAGAACUCCUUCAAAGGAAGAGUUGGCCAUAUGGAAAUAAGAUGUACAAAAAGUUAGAGGAAAAGAACUUAUUACAAAGUAGAAUUAGUUAAAUGGAAAAGGAGUUACAAAAGCUCACUCAAGAAAAUCGUGUCUUAAAAAUUAGAAUUGGGCAAGUGGAAGCUAAGGAUUCCCUGAGACUUCAAGAAACAAUCAAUUCCAAGAUGGAAGAUAAGGGUUUAAAAAAAAAAGAAACAAAUCAAAAGAAUGAAAAAAUAGAUGAAAAUGUAAAAUGUCUCAUUUGAAAAACAACUUACAUGGAAAACAAUUCCAAUAUAGAAAAUCUAAGAAUUAUUGAACUACCUGGCUAUGAUCAGAAAAUAGUUUAGACAACAUCUUUCAAGAAACUGUCAAGGAAAACUGCCUUGAUGUUCUAGAACCAGAGAGUAAAAUAGAAAUCAAAAAGUCCGCUGAUCACCAAAAGGAUAACUCCAAGGAAUAUUAUAGCCACAUUCCAAAACUUCCAGGUCAAGGAGAAAAUAUUGCUAUAGCCAAAAUAUACAAUUCAAAUAUCAUGGAGCCACAGUUUGAGUAACUAGACAAGAUUUAGCAGCUUUUACUUUAAAGGAUUGGCAAUGAUAUUCCAGAGGACAAAGGAGCUAGGACUUCAACCAAGAAUCAUUAACCCAGCAAAACUGAGCAUAAUAUGUUGUGGGGUGGGGUGGGAUAGUUAUUUAGUGAAAUAGAGGACUUUCAGUCAUUCCUGUUGAAAAGUCAAGAAUUGGAAAAUUCUAAGACUCAAGAGAAGCAUAUAAAGGUAAAAGGGAAAGAGACUUCAAAACAUUCAGUAUAGUUAAACUGUUAAUGUACCUACACGGAAAGAUGAUUCUUGUAACUACUAAGAACUUUAUCAUUAGUUAGAAGUUAGAAGAAGAAGCAGUUAGAAGUAAUAUACAUAGACAUAGUGCAAGGGGGUGAGUUAAAUAUGAUGGAAUGAUAUCUAAAAACAAUAAAAUUAUCAUGGGAAAGAGGAGAAGUAGGAAGGGAAAAUAGAAUGAGGUAAAUUCACAAAAAAAAAGAGACAGGAAAGAGUUUUUACACUAGAGGGGAAGAUGGAGGAGUUAGGGAGGGGAACACAUGAAUCUUACUCUCACCAGAAUUAGUUCAAUGAAAGAAAUACAUACACAGUCAAUUGGGAAUAAAAAUCUAUCUUACUAAGCCUGGUUAUACUUAAGAAAACCUGGUCAAUUUCCCUACCUGCGCUGGGGUGACCCCGCUACCUUCCUUACCUUUCUUUUCCCUCCAAUUUCCCAUCUACAUUUAUUUGGAGAGCCAGCCAGAAGGACUGAUCCUACAAUCUUCUGAACCUGCUUGCUGCUCUGCCUCAGUCUUCAGGUAAAUUUUAAAGACUUCCUGCCCCCAAACCCAGCCCAGCGUGGGGUCCCUUUCCCCUUCUGGCAGUUUAAACCUAUUCUGGGCUCCUCUGCCUCAACAAGGGUUUCUGGUAUUCUUUGCCCCUACAGGCAGCCUAGGAGCCUUACCCUAAUCCUCCUCACCCCUGCCAGGCUAAGAACCAGUGUGAAUUUUGAAUAUUUGGUAUUUUCUUUAUUAUUAUUACUUCACAGAAAACCUGUAUUAGUGACUUGUAUUAAUGACUUGUAUUGACUUGAUUUGCAUUUUGUUCCUUUUUGUGGAAAUUUUUAUAUUUUCUUCAAUAUAUUAUUGGUAUUUAAUGUAUCAUUGGUUUUAUACCUCAUUUGCACUCACACAUGCCUAAGUUAAGAGGAAAUGCAGGGGCAGCUGGGUAGCUCAGAGAACUGAGAGUUGGGUCUAGAGACAGGAGGUCUAAGGUUCAAAUCUGGCCUCAGACACUUUCCAAGUGUGUGACCCUGGGCAAGUCAGUUAACCUCCACUGCCUAGCCCUUACCACUCUUAUGCUUUGGAAUCAAUACACAGUAUUGACUCCAAAAUGGAAGGUAAGGGUUUUUAAUAUAUUAACAAAAGAGGAAAUGCAUCUGAAUUCUUGGGUAAGAACCUUUAUUAGAAUAAUAAACUCCUUAAGUGACACUGAUUGUAAGAUUUUUUGAUUGUCAUUGAUCAUAGGAGAUAUAUUUUUUUGAAUUUUAGCACAUUUUUAUAAUUGCAUGUACAAUUUAAUUUUCCUAAGCACAUGUCAUUUACCUAAAUUGAAAGAUUUUAGAUUAUAACACUAGUGUAGGUUUACUAUGUCCAUUAGUUCUAACUGUAAAUGCCUGCCCAAAAAGCCUUAGACUAUUAAAACUACCAUUAGUAUUUAAAUAUUAUGAGACUUAGUACAUAUGUCUGAUAUGAAGAAAUGGGAAUUAAAAAGAGCACAGACCUGAUCUACACAGUGACAAAGAAGCAUGGAUUUAACCUGAAUGGUUCCAAAAGAGCACACAGGUCAAAAAGAGAAAUCAAUCCUGGUAGGAUUGCUGAGACUUGUUGAGACUUCUAUGCCAAUAAAAAAAAGGACUUGAACCUAGUGUGAGACUCAAGGUUGCAGUGCUUAGCAUAUGUUAAGAUGCAGGACUUCUUGUACCACACUCCUUGUGAAAUUUAUAUAAAGUACCUAACAAUUGGCUAUUCUGGUUCUAAAUUCUAUCUCUGAGAAGAAAUGACAAAAGAAGAAAUAUAUCAGACCAAGGAAUAUAAAUCUAGUCCCUCUUUCCUAACUUCCUUGCUGUGGUGGUUGAUUAUGGUCCUGGCUGCUGAGUGGGUAAGUACAUGAUGUUGGACAUGAAUUACUUUAAUUGGGCAUUAUUCAAAGUCUUGUUGUAAUUUUGUGGUUUUUUUUUUUAAUUUAGAAUUUUUCCACAUAAAAUUUAGGAUUGGAUAUUUAGAAAUUUCAUCCAAUAGUUAUUUGGCUUUUUAUGUGUGCUAUUUUUUCUGGUGUUUUUUGGUAUUUUAAUUGGCAGUGAUUCAUAUGCCUCAUGCUUCAGACAUGUUUCCUUGUGCGAUUUCUAUGUUUCUUUAUGUCCUUCUCAGGGGGGAAUGUGCUUUUUAUUUAUAUGAAAAAAAGUUUAAGUUAUUUUAGGGAAAGAAAUUUUCUGCCUACCAGAAUCCAGAUGGAGAUGCCCAUGGAAACCAAAUACUACUCCAGGAGAUACUGAGAGAAAAUUCAGAUGCACAAAAUUGAACUUUGGGGGAUUAAAAAUUCAC